AUGAAUGCCGAGGCGGUCUUGCCGUCAGAGUACCUGUCCUCGAUGCAAUCGAAGCAUCCAACCAGCGUCUCGCAUGGCAGAUCGAUCCAGAGCAACACACAAAAGCGCAUGUCUUUGUUUUCUAGCGAGCGUCUUGAUAAAAGACCGUUCUGGAAGGGCUACCAACGGGUCGUGGGGUUCGACACUAUGGCAGAUGCUGAGAAUACGGAACAGAGCGCAUCCUAUACACUUCAGAUAAAAUCAAUUGGAUACGCACGCACUAAACACACACGCACAUUUAUGUGCGCGGUCGACGCUACCAAGAGCAGCGAACGCGCGCUGGAAUGGAUUAUGGAAAAUCUCGUCGACGACGGCGACGAGAUCGUUGCUGCUCGCGUGUUUGAAGGCGAGCAAGAUCGAAUGGAUCCUGUAGUGGCACAAGAAUGUGCGAAUGCUUUGCUUGCUUCUAUCGUCGACCUGAACGAGUCUGCAACACCACGCCGCAUCUCUGCUACCGUCGAGUUUCUCUCAGGACCCAUUAAAUCAUCUAUACUGCGUCUCGCCACCAUUUACCGACCAGAGAGCUUGACGAUAGGGACGCGGGGGAAACAAGUCAGCGCGUUUGAGAAGAUUCUGGGUACCACGCCGCUGGGUAAUUUAAGCAAAACACUCAUUUGGCAGUCGCCUGUGCCCGUUAUCAUUGUGCGGCCAGAAGAUCGCGUGCAGAAACAUUUAUCCAAACGCAUGGCCGAUCCACGAAGACACGAGUAUUACGAUCUUGUACAAAGUAAUGAGCAGCUUCCCAUGAGCUUGCCGCCACACGCCGAAUAG